AUGGCAGCCGAGACGGCAGAGAUUGCCGCACCUGUUUAUGGCAAGGAUGCCGUUGCCAUCGUAGGUAUGGCGGGCCGAUUUCCUGGAGCUGAGAACUUGGAUGAGUAUUGGGAUUUGCUUACCGCGGGCAAGUCGAUGCUGUCAGAAGCCCCUGAAGCUAGAUUUGGAAGCAGCGCAAGGACGAAGAAAGGCCAGAUGUUCUGGGGAAACUUCCUGAAAGCUGUCGAGGACUUUGAUCAUUCCUUCUUCAAGCGCUCACCGCGAGAAGCCGCUUCCAUGGACCCCCAGCAACGCCUUCUCCUUGAGCUGGCUUACGAGGCACUAGAGAGCUUCGGAUACUUUGCUGGCUCAUCGCGAGCCCAGGAUAUUGGCGUGUAUAUUGGAGCGUGUUGCACCGACUACGACUUCAACGUCGCUUCGCACCCGCCAAAUGCAUACUCAGCUACCGGAACACUGCGUUCGUUCCUGAGUGGCAAGAUUUCUCACUACUUCGGAUGGCAUGGCCCCUCUCUGGUCAUCGACACCGCUUGUUCCUCGUCCGCCGUCGCCAUUCAAUCCGCCUGCACUGCUCUUCGGACAGGACAAUGUUCUCACGCUGUGGCUGGAGGAGUCAAUUUGAUGACCAGCCCAUACCUUUUCGAGAACUUCGCAGCGGCUCGAUUCUUGACUCCCACAGGAGCAUCAAAGGCUUUCAGCGCCGAUGCUGACGGCUACUGCAGAGGCGAAGGAGGCGGCUUGGUUGUCCUCAAGCCCAUGGCAGACGCACUUCGAGAUGAGGACAACAUUCUCGGCAUCAUCGGCGGCAUUGCUGUGAACCAGAACGACAAUUGUGUGCCAAUCACCGUCCCGCACACAUCAUCACAAGGCAACCUGUACGAGCAGGUGUGCAGACAAGCCGGGGUGACUCCCCGGGACGUUACGUUUGUCGAAGCGCACGGAACGGGAACGCCCCUUGGGGAUCCUAUCGAGAUGGAAAGUAUUCGCCGAGUCUUUGGAGGCCCGAGUCGAGACUCUCCUUUGAUCGUCAGCUCGACCAAAGGCAACAUUGGCCAUCUUGAAGGAGCUUCGGGAGUGGUUGCACUGAUCAAGAGUAUUCUCCAGAUGGAACACCGGAUGGCAGCUCGUCAAGCAUCGUUCAAGCAAUUGAACCCCAAGAUCCCAGCCCUGGAGCCGGACAACCUCUGCAUCCCGACUUCCAACACGCCGUUGGCUGGCGACAAGCUGGUUGCCUGCGUGAACAACUACGGUGCAGCAGGUAGUAAUGCGGCCAUGAUCGUCAUUGAGCCUCCACGCAAGACCACACCUUCGAGGUCAGCGGACAGCGAUAAUGCGCUGCGUGACAAGUUCCCUAUCCGCUUGACGGCAGCUACAAGCGACAGCCUGCUCGCAUACUGUUCGUCGCUAGACCGACUUUGCGAUCAACUCCGUACGCUGGAAUCGGAGAAGAACGUUGAUGCCCUACCCAAUCUCGCCUACAGCCUCAGCAAGCGUCACAACCCGGAUCUCGCCCAGUCGUUGACAUUCGCCGCAUCCAAUUUGAACGAGCUCCAACAGCAACUUCGCCAGCAAAUUCGCGAGAGCAACAGCAUCAAACCCAAACAGGAGGGAAGACCAGUGGUACUAUGCUUCGGUGGCCAGGUAUCCAACAAGGUGGGCUUGGACAAGCAAUUGUACGAUCAGUGCUUGCUGCUGCGUUUCCAUCUUGACGCCUGCAACUCGGCCAUCACAAGUCAAGGCUACCCAUCAAUCUAUCCAGCCAUCUUCGAGAAGACCCCUAUUGUCGACACGGUCACGCUUCAUGCAUCUCUAUUCGCUACACAGUACGCCUCGGCGCAGGCUUGGGUCGAGUCCGGGCUUCAAGUGGACACAGUCCUCGGACACAGCUUCGGCCAGCUCACAGCGCUCUGCGUGUGUGGCAUGCUUUCACUGCAGGACGGCGUGAAGUUGGUCGUUGGACGAGCGGCUCUGAUGGAGCAGCACUGGGCCGCCGAGCCGGGAACCAUGAUCUUGACCCAGGCUAACGAACAAAGCGUCGAACAGCUCCGCACGAAGGGCCACGAGUUCGAGGUUGCUUGCUACAAUGGCCCUGCAGCACAUGUCUUGGUCAGCGAUGCGGCGUCUGCGGAGAAGAUUGUGGCAGACCUGAAGCAGCAGUCCAUCAAGCACAAACUACUGAAUGUGCCCUACGGCUUCCAUUCUCGCUUUACGGAACCUUUGUUGCCACAUCUCGAGAAGCUUAUUUCCAGCCUGACGUUUCAUGAGCCAAAAAUACCCAUCGAGACUUGUACUGAGAGCGAGACUUGGCCAGAGCCGUCUGUAGAGCGUGUGAUCGCUAACACCAGAGGCCCAGUCUACUUUGCCCCUGCAGUCGAGCGUCUACAGCAUAAGUUCGGUGCUUGUACGUGGGUGGAAGCUGGCACGGGAUCGGGCAUCACCAACAUGGUCAAGGGAGCGUUGGGCUCGUAUGCCGCCAACAGUACCUUCGUGCCCCUGUCUCUCGACAAGCCGAACUCGAGUGCCGCACUGGCCGACACCACAAUUUCCCUCUGGAAUGCAGGCCAGUCGUUGCGAUUCUGGCGAUUCUGCUGCCUUCAAAGCAGCCUGUACAGCCAUCUUCGUCUGCCACCAUAUGCGUGGCAAAGGACGAGACACUGGUUGCCCCUGGACAUGGAUGCAGCAGUACCUGCGUCAGCACAGCCGACAUUUGAGGCGCCGAAGAGUCUACCGGCAGCAGAGCUUUCUCCGGUCCUCAUGCGGCUCAUGUCCAGCGGUGCCGACGGUCAUCGCUUCAGCAUCAAUCCAAAGAGCGAAGAGUACCGUGACAUCGUUGACGGCGUGAGAGUAUCUGGUAGAGCGACAGCACCGACCUCUUUGUACGUCGAACUCAUCUCUCGAGCCAUUGGACUCGCGACCAAUACCAGACUCGACUCGCCGCUGGCACUCGAGCGCUUGCAAACUACUCCUGGCUUCCAGAAUGUGACUUCAAUGGAGCUCAAGCAGGAAAGCGUCUGGUGGAGUUUCAAAAUGCUGUCGGGCGAGAGAAUCAGUGCGCAAGGCUACGUCCAGCAACAGGCUGCCAUUUGGUCUCUGCAGGACGACUUCGAAAGAUACGAACGUCUCCUUCCUCACGAACAAAUCUCCUCCCUCUUCGAGGAACCCCAAGCUCAGUCGGUUCGUGGUAACGUCAUGUACAAGCUCCUUUCUAACUCCGUCAGCUACCCGGCCUGGUAUCAGGGAGUCUCAGGCGUUGCUACGCUCGGCCCCAGGACGGCGGCGAAGAUCACUCGCCCGCUGCAGGCUGCUCCAUACACUGUAGUCAAGGAGAGUCAAGUCGAGCAUGCUGUCUUGGAAAGCGUCCUACAGGUCAUCUACUUGCAUGCAAACUGCCUUCAUGAAGGGGUCGAUGGCUUGGCCUACAGCUUGAGCGGCAUUCAGCGUCUGCAAGUCGCACCACACUUGCAAGGUGCCAUGUUCCAUGGCGAGCAGUCAUGGAGUAUGCUAGGAGUUAGCUCCAGCAGUGACAGUGGCAUCUCAUAUGAUGUCUUCGUCUACAACGAGCAGACUGGAAAGCUCUCUCUCGUACUUCUAGGCGCUCGACUGGGCAGUGGGAAACGAGUCGAGGCUCCAGUCAAGCAUGUUCUCACUGCAGCACCCGUGGCAACUACACCAGCACCUACACCCGCGAAGACCGAAACACCACCAGCCACCAAAGCCCCAGAGCCACCGGUCGAGAAAGCCGCACCAUUAACACUAGCGGGUAACGAUGCAAAGACGAGCAUCUUCGAGGACAUCUGCGGACUGCUGGCUCAGCUGGCAGAUAUUCCGGCGGACAAGAUUCCCAAGAAUGCGUCCUUCGACGACUUGGGAGUCGAUUCUCUCAUGGUUAUCGAGGUGAUCAGUGAACUGCAAUCCAUGUUCAAGACGGAAAUGCCAAUUGACGAGCUUCAAGAGCUGACCGAUCUGAACUCACUGGUCAACUACCUCAACAGCAAGGGCGCAGUCGGCAGCUCCUAUGUCGAGGGAGCUGCGGGAUCUUCAUCCACAGUUUCUGACUCUGACACCGACAUUUCGACGCCCACUAUGAGCACUGCUCCAAGCACACCCCCCGAACCACAAGAUGUCGAAACCACCAAGGAACAGCAGAGCGUCCCAUCACUCCAAGCAAAAGACGAAGUGCUAGACUUGGGAUCCCACGGUAUCCAAAAUGCCUUCUCUCGUGUUCGUCAGAACUUCGAACGUUACUCGGCGAAGAGUGGCGCCAAGGGCUACUGGUCUAAGGUUUACCCUGACCAGAACGAGGUAGUGACGGGCUAUGUCUGCGAUGCCUAUCGCAAGCUAGGCGUCGAUCUGUCGAAGAUCAAGGCGGGGCAGCCUGUUCCAGAGCUGUCCAAAGCCUUGCCAAAGCACAAGCCUCUUCUCGCUCAACUGCGUAAUCUCCUCGCAGACUCCGGAUUGCUCGAACUGUCCGGACUGGGAGAAGUCCAGCAGCUUGUUCGUACGUCCAAACCAGUCAACUCGACGCCAUCGGACACCCUCUACCAACAACUUCUGCCAAAAUAUCCCGACUUCAUUCCAGAUAACAAGUGCUUGCAAGUUACCGGCCCUAUGCUGGCAGAGUGCUUGACAGGAGAGAAAGAUCCUCUCCGCCUUCUCUUCGGCGAUGCAAAGAACAAAGAGAUUUUGGCAGACUUCUACGCCAAGUCACCCAUGAUGGAUACUACCUGCCGCAUGAUGGCCGAGUUCGUGUCUUCGCUGCCGUCAGUCGCUAAGAACCAAGGUCCACUUCGUAUUCUGGAAGUUGGGGCAGGGACUGGAGGGUCGACCAAGCUCCUGGUCAGCUACUUGAAGCGCCUGGGCGUGCAAUUUGAGUACACCUUCACCGACAUCUCGCAGUCGCUGGUCAAUAUGGCCAAGAGAACGUUCAAGGACGAGGCGAACAUGCACUUCAGAGCCUUCAACGCAGACGCCGCCCCUCCAGAGGACUUCGUCAACAACUUCCACCUAGUUUUGUCCACGAACUGCAUUCAUGCCACCAGCAGCAUCGAGAGGACCACGGCCAACAUCUUGCCAGUCAUCAGGAACGACGGUGCUCUGUGUGUAUCAGAGUUCACCAGAAACCUCUACUGGUUUGAUCUUGUUUUCGGUCUCCUCGAGGGCUGGUGGCUCAUGGACGACGGCAGAACACAUGCCAUGGCCCCUGAGUCGUUCUGGGAUCAAAGCCUGCGAGCUGCUGGGUACAACAACGUCUCCUGGUCUACGGGAGAGAGUGAAGAGGCUGAUACUGUACGACUCAUUUGCGGUUUCAAGAAUGAGGGACCUGUCGACGGCGCCGUCGCUAGUAUCUCGAAGCCUCAGGGCAAGCUCAGCAAGCGAGCAGGAAUCCCCGUGGAAGAGCUCGUCUUCAAGUCCGUCGACGAUCUUGACCUCUCCGUCGAUGUCUACUUCCCCAAGCAAGCUGAUCCGCCAGGCAAGAAGCGAGCAGUCGCUCUGCUCAUGCACGGUGGAGGUCACUUCCUCUUUGGUCGUAAGGAUGUACCCAUGAAGCACAUUAGGAUGCUUCUCGAACGGGGCUUCCUUCCGGUGAGCACCGAUUACAGACUUGUCCCAGAGACCACGCUUUUCGAAGGCCCCAUGACGGAUUGCUGCGACGCAUUGCAGUGGUGCAGAGAGACAUUGCCAACGAUGGCUUUGUCAGGACCACGAGUCCAGGUCAAUGCGGCCACCAUCCUUUCCAUUGGAUGGAGCAGUGGUGGCCAGCUCGCCAUGAGUUUGGGCUAUACUGCUCCACAACGGGGCAUCAAGCCACCAGAAGCUGUAUUUGGACUUUAUCCACCGACUGACUUCGAGUCUGAACACUGGCACAAGCCUUGCUAUCCCUUUGCGGCCGAAGAGGAACCACAAGAGAUUAUCGACAUCUUGGCUGGAGUUCAGGAGCGUCCAAUCCUUGAAUAUGCGCCCUUCAGCGACAAGAAGACCAUGGCUCUGUCUCUGACCCUCAAAGACCCGCGAGCCAAGAUCAUUUUGCACACCUGUUGGAACUCCCAGACACUGCCAAUCCUCGUCAACGGCCUCCCACUCAAGAGUUCUGUGGCCAACCCAGAUGCCGAAGAGCACAUGUACCCACCAGCCGCUACUCCUGAGCAAGUCCAUGAGAUCAAUACGCUCGGCCACAUCAGAGACGGUAGCUACCGAACCCCUACAUUCAUUGUGCACGGUAACGGCGACGACUGGCUGCCACAUACUAUGAGCGAGCGAACGAUCCAGGAGCUCAAGAACCGUGGCAUCCCAGCUGGUCUCACUAUCCCAGAGAAGUGCAGCCACGCCUUCGAUCUUUUCCCUGUUGGCGAUCCGCUGUCGACGGGCUGGGCUGCGAUCGAGCAAGGAUAUGACUUCAUUUGUGACUUGCUCCAAAAUUGA